UUUUGGCUACCCCUUCCCUCCGAUCCAGCCCAGGCGGCCAUUUUGGCGCUGGGGUUCGGUCAGCGGAGCGGUUAGAGUCGGUGUUGCUGCGGCGCUCCUCGAACCCGAGCUAGGCCACACCGGGCCUGUCGUUGUUGUCUGAGGAGGGCAGCGUGAGGAGAUGUGCCGCCCCUGAGGGAGACACCGAGGCCGCCCACCGCCCUUUCCGAGGCCCGCGCCCAGCCAUGUCGUCGGCCGCCCGCUUUGACGCGUCGGACCGCUCGGCCUGGUACGCGGGCCCGCUGUCGAGGGCCGAGGCGCAGUCGCGGCUGCAGGGCCAGCGCCACGGCACCUUCCUAGUGCGCGACUCGUCCACCUGCCCCGGCGACUACGUGCUGUCGGUCUCGGAGAACUCGCGCGUCUCGCACUACAUCAUCAACUCGCUGCCGGGGCGGCGCUUCAAGAUCGGUGACCAGGAGUUCGAGCACCUGCCGGCUCUGCUCGAGUUCUAUAAGAUCCACUACCUGGACACCACCACCCUCAUCGAGCCCGCGCCCAGGUACCCAGCUCCACUAAUGGGAUCUGGAUCAGCCCCCACUGUGCCUGCUGCAGAAGAGAAUGUGGAAUAUGUUCGGACUCUUUAUGACUUCCCUGGUAAUGAUGCAGAGGAUUUGCCAUUUAAAAAGGGGGAAAUACUGGUCAUUGUAGACAAGCCUGAAGAACAGUGGUGGAGUGCUCGAAACAAAGAUGGCCGUAUCGGGAUGAUCCCUGUUCCUUAUGUUGAGAAGCUUGUGAGAUCUUCCCCACAUGGUAACAGGAAUUCUAACAGCUAUGGGAUUCCUGAACCUGCCCACGCUUAUGCUCAACCUCAGACCACAAAUCCUCUUCCUAAUGUAUCUAGUGCUCCUGGAGCAGUGAUCAACCCACUUCCAUCAACACAGAAUGGACCAGUCUAUGCCAAAGCAAUCCAAAAGAGAGUUCCAUGUGCUUAUGACAAGACUGCCUUGGCAUUAGAGGUUGGUGAUAUUGUGAAGAUCACAAGGAUGAAUAUAAAUGGUCAGUGGGAAGGUGAAGUCAACGGUCGGAAAGGUCUCUUCCCUUUCACCCACGUCAAAAUAAUUGACCCUCAGAAUCCAGAUGAAAAUGAGUGAUUCACACUGGCCGGUUUCUGCGUUGCUGCUUCAUUUUUCUGGCUAUUGUGAGCAUCGUUUGAAGUGGGAUGAUGACUGUUAAUGAUGUGUGGUAAGCAUAGCCAGUUGCUCAUUUUCCAGUCGUUAUGAUUUGACAGCCCUGUCUUUUGUUUGGAAUGAAUACAGCUGAAGUUGCUUGUUGGUGCUCAUAUGGACAGUUGCAUCAUUCAAAAUUUAGUCUCUCCUAAAAGGACUUUGGACCUUCAGCUGCAGAAGAUAAGUUGUACCCCCCCAGCAGAGCAACUGGUGAAGAGUAUCCGCAAUUGCUGCUGAGGCAUCCACAGACAACAUUCUGCUGCAAAGGAGAAUUCUAAGCAUCUCUACCAACCACGGAGCAGCGACGACAAAAAUGCAAUUUUAUUUUUUCCUCUGGAGGAAGAAAGACUUGAUUUGAGAGAGAAUAAACUGGUAAAGCAGCAGUGCAUUUGGAACAAUAAUUGCUAGGUUAUAUAAUUGGAGUUUGUGUUAACAAGACACUUUUUGUGUGAGUUUGUCAUUGACCUGGAAACAACUUUGGCAUGACAGCAAAGCUUGGUUUUAAAGUAUUACAUCACAAGCGUGACACCGGAUAUGUUGGUUUGUCACAUCCUUGUGUAAAAUCCACCAUUUAAACUUUUAUCCAGGGGUUGUUUGCAAAAUCAUUGAAGAUAACUUUUAAUAGCUUUUCAAAUGGUCCCUUGACCUUUAAACAAAACUUUAGAACACAUUAGUCUCCACACCAUACACAUAAGCUUGGGUGAAAUGGCACUUUCUGCCUCUUUAAAAACAAAAACUCUUUACCAAGCAUUGAUAAUCACUAAUAGAGAAUACAGAUAUAAAUUGAAAGGUAUCAUGUAGACAUUUUAACUCUUCUGUGCCCUGCCAUGUUAACCAAAUGGUAGCCUCUCUGCUUUAGAUUUUAAACAUUUGUAACCAGGAAUGGAAAAUGCAGAAAGUUGAAUUGGCAGUUAUGGAAUUGACUCCCUAAAUAUUCGUUCUUAAAUCUUUUAAGGAUUCUCGACUUGAGGAGCCCCAGAUUCAACUCAGUGUUAAAGUGCCUUAAUUUGAGGAUGGAAGGCGCUGAUGCCGUGCAGUUUCAGCAAAGAAGUCAGAACUGAACAUAUUCAGUCUCAAAAGUGUUUUAGUUUGUUGACUUUUAAAACUGUGGCUACUGUUCUGGAGAAAGCUCUCUCAGCAAAAGAGGGGAGAGUAGUUUUACUGCCAAACAAACGUACUGUGAAUUAGAAUUAGACUAGCCUCAAUGCUCCAGGAAGUGUUUCUGCCUUAGGGGUAGAGACCCUCUGCCUUCUGUAAUGGAAAGUUCUGUAGCUGUUCACUAGAACUCCCAGGUGUUCCUGUUGAUUUGUCUUGUUACUGCAGAAUAGUACUACUGAGCUUUGCAUUAUGAAUAUUUAAGCUGCACUAAAAAUCAGUCUGCCAUAAGAUAAUCCUGCUACACAGCUGGUUCCAAUGCUCACUCUGGUGAUACUGUGUGUGACCUUCCUUGAAACCACUGUGUGGAUGCUUUUAACUUAUUCACUUGCUCCUGGUGCUUUCUGAACAUGCUUCCUUAGGUCUCCCAAGUAGAUUCUUGAUCCAGAAUUCUCUGCUAAACACAUUUCGGGAUUGCAGCAAAAGAGGGGCAUCUAUGCAAGCUUCAAGCCACUCCCAAGAUCACAAGCCAGAGUUGUCGGGUGCUCCCUGGGUUUUUCAGAGGUCGAGCUUCAUAUCAUUCUGAAGCCUACAUGGGAGAUGCCUGCUUCAGGGCUAGUCAGUGCUGCUAAAGAGUAGCACACUAAGUUGAUCACUGGCAAAAUUUGCAUCACUGUUUCCUUCACUGUUUUACUAUUUAAAGAGAAAUGCUGCAUUUGCUCUGGUUUGUAGGGUUACCAAGGAUGGGAUUCAAGCUGUGUCUUGAGGUAAUCCUGAGAGCUCUUCAGUCUAUGCAUUAUUACAUGGGUGUUAAAAGCCUUGUAGCGCAGUCCUCAUCAUGUUUACUCAGAAAUAGGUCCCAUUGAGCUCACUGGGACUUGCUCGCUAGUAAGUGUACGUAGGAUUGGUUUCCGAUUGGUAAUUGGCUUAACUUUCUACUGUCAAAGAAAGAGCCUUUGGAAAUUUUGCCACUCCCACUGUGCCAGUUGGUGCCUCUAAGCAAGAGGUAAAUGGGAACUGCUGCCAUUGGCUAAAGCACUAAAAGAAAUCAUGAUUGUUUACAAAUCAGGCAGGAAUACUUAAAAGGGAAUAUUCUGUUUUGUUUGGGUUUUUUGGGGUGGGGGGGGUCAGCCCCUAUUUUUGUAAAGGGAUAGAAAGCAUUCUCUGUGCCAUUUCAUGUGCCUGCAAUAAUUUUUUGUAUUGUGUAAUUAACAUCCUGGGACUGAGUAGGCUGUUCUUUCUGUCGUUUGUGGUAGGGUUCUCCAGCUUCUCCAAUGAAUCAGGACACAUAACUGCAGGCCUCAUUUACGGGACCAGUAGAAGGUUCUGCCUAGCUGUUAAAUCAGUCUUGUUUUCUACGUUGUGUUCCUAAAUGCGAGUCUGUCCAGAACUGGGAAAUGUGUUUAUUUUUACAGAGGGAAAGGUGGCCUUGUGCUUAAAACAGCCUUUACAGUGCAAACAGUUAUAUGUAACUGAGGUAUCAUUUGAAUUUCAGGCAAUAAUGUAUUAUGCUUUGUCUCGUUUGGACCAUCAUCAUAGCUUGUUUUGUUUUUGUGCUACAAAAUUUAACAGUAUUAACUAUAUUCUUAGAACACAUGAAGUGUCUUUCUUAAGAUUAGUGCCUUUUCAUUGUCUGUCUUAAAUUUACUUUGCUGUUGAUCCUGUCAUCAAGCCAUCGUUCAGUGCCCAGUUUGUAUAUUCUCAAUAAAACAUACAUCACCUUGCA